AUGCCUAUUGCAAAACUCAGUUUAGCAACUGCCCGACUGAUUGGCUCCUCCGCCGGCAUCACCUCCCCCUACGCUGUCGUCAAGGAGCUCCUCGACAAUGCCAUCGACGCCGGUGCCGACGCCAUCGAGGUAGCCCUCUCCGCCAAUACACUCGAUCAGGUCCGCGUGCGCGACAAUGGCCGCGGCAUCGCCCUCGACGACCUCGACAGCCUCGGCCGGCAUGCCCACACCAGCAAGCUGACCGCGUUUGUCGAGCUCACCACCGGCCAGGUGCGCACGCUUGGCUUCCGCGGUCAGGCUCUUGCUAGUAUAAAUACAGUUGCGACUGUCGACGUCGUCACCAGGACAGCCGACGAGCCUGUGGCUACAAAGGUGCGACUGGCGGCAAACGGCGGCAUAGGGGAAACAUCUGUGCCGGUGUCUGCACCGACGGGGACGACGGUGCAAGUUGUGGGUUUAUUUGCGAAUAUGCCCCCGAGAAAGCAGCUCCUGAUGAAGGAGGCCAAAAAGACGACGAUAAGGAUCAAAGAGUUGUUGAUGGCAUAUGCGCUGGCCAACGCGGCGCUGCGGAUUAGUUUUAAAGUCCUGGGCGAUGAGAAGCAGAGCUGCAAAUUUGGGCAGACGAGGGAUCGAGACUUGAAACAGUCGGUUAUCGAAGUAUUUGGGGCGGCGGUCGCCUCCAACGGACAGACAUACCGGUCCGCCAGCGCAAAAGGCGCGUUUACGCUGAUGGCGUUUCUACCGACUGCGAAUAGCGACCAAAAAGUCUUUGCGGGAAAGGGUUCAUAUAUUUCUGUCAAUGGCCGGCCAAUCUGUUCCGCAACAGGGAUUGGCAAGGCGCUCACGGGUGUGUUCAGGACAAAGAUGCAGCACAAUUGGCAGCAGACAGGACUGCCGACAGUGCAGAAACCGCUCUUAUUGCUCGAGAUUCUUUGCCCGUUUGCAGAAUAUGACGCAAAUAUAGCUACGAUGAAAGAUGAGGUUCUUUUUGCGGACUCGGAUGUUCUGCUGCAGACAUUCGAGGAGCUGUGUGGAACGAUUUACAGUAAAACUGCGACACCAGAGUUCUCCAAGCUGAACGGGAACAAUGUUGAGCUUGAAAGUAUGUCUAUGAAUUGCUUGAGCACGCCAACUACAGACAAGCUAGUGUCUGUGCAGAUGCGAACUGCAUGCAAAGUCAACAUGCUCCGAACAAACAGCAACGCAACCGACGAGGGGAUUGACUUUAAGGAAAUUGAAAUGACAGUACCGGAAAGGCUUCAGGUAGAGAUAAGAGAGACUUCGAGGAAGAACGAAAGUCUUUUCAAAGAUACUACACCAAAGUUGGUGCACGGCAUUGAACGAUACUUUCAGCCGACUGGAGCCGAUUUCGAAAUUGCCACAGACGAUACGGCGACUCCCGAGCAGCCGCAAGCCGAAGCCAGCAGCGUCGACCUGGAUAGGACAGCUUCCGGAAAGCUUGAGAGAGUGCCCCUUAACGAUGUACCCAACUCCACGCUCAACAUUCUCGCCGGCAUCGACGAUUCGCCGCCGUCGGACCACUCUAGCCAGCAAGGGGACAGCGGCGCGCCACCACGUCUCAGCGACCUGCACGGCACGAGCUGGAGCAUCCAGCGUCUGAUGAACCAGCGCGUCGCUCUGCACAAUGUACCAUCUAGGGGCACCACAGCGUCGGCCAGCCCGCCGACGCCGCCGCGAGGCCGGGUUCCACAAACACGAGGUCUGCGAGAGGACAGGCGACAGCAGGUCGCACAUCAGCGUGGUCAAACGCUGCCGCCGUUCAUGCGCACGCCACCUCCCUCUGAUCCCAUGAGAGAAGAGCCCCGGUUUGUGCCUGCUUCGUACGUAGGAGGACGGGAUGGAGGACGGCAGCCGUCGCCGGUGAGCUCGAGCAGUUCUGAGAGCGGCGGCCCGGCCAAGGAGGCCUGGGGCCGCGAGCAGCAACAGCAGCGAGGGCUAGCGAUAAUAGGGCUACCGAGCACAACAAAUAGAGGGAAUAACCCAAGGGGUGUUGCAUCGGGUGUGCCAAGAAUGGGUCGUUUGCCAGCCACUCGACCGAGGCAGCAGACCAGCACCACCAGCACCACCAUGGGACGGCCCCUGGCGCGACAGCCGGAAUACGAGGCCGACGGCGAGACUGCCCCUCAGCAAGAGAUAUUCUCACCCGCAGGUUCCCGCCGUGCUAGCCAUCUCAGGGCACAUUUGCUGCGAGCGGACUCUGUGGAUCGCGAAGCGAGCGACGUUGAGAGCGCGGCGGGAGACACACCGCCGCCCAAAACGCAGCCAAAGCGACGAUGCGCCGAGAGCCAGGCCCCUGUGAAGCAUGCGAAGCUGUUGGAACCGGGAUAUGCAACGUCGCGAGCUGCGAUAGAGUCGCAGAGCCUCUUGCCUCUGGAGGACAUACCGCCGGGCAUGGCGACUUGGCGUUGCGUUUUGACGACUGAUGUAGAUUUCUCGGAUGUGCGCAUGUCAAUGGAUCUAGAGAGGGAUAUAGACGAGUAUAUUCAGAGUGGAUACAUGGCAUUUGGCUUGAAGAAUGUUACGAGACGGAAUGCCAUGUGUUUGGAAGCUCGCAUGCGGCGAAUCUGA